AUGGCCGUGCUGCGCGUCAUUCUACUGGCGGCCCUUCUGGGUCUUUGCCUCGGCAAGAAGAGAUACGAUGGCUACAAGGUUCUUCGUAUAACACCUGGCGAUGACUUCCAGCUCCGGUCCAUAGCCGACCUGAAACGUGGGUUGGAAACCAGGGUUGAUUUCUGGGCCGAGCCCACCCACGUGGGCAAGUCCGUGGACCUGAUGGUAGCGCCCGAUGACGCCGACUCUGUCCAGGAAUUUCUCGCCCAACACGGCCUGGAGUCCACGGUCACGAUCAACGAUGUGCAGAAAGUCAUCGAGGAGACAAGCCCCGAACGCCCGGAGGAGAACCUGGCUGCGCUCUCUAACUUCAGAUACGACUUGUACCACAGUUUGGGCGAGAUUUUGACGUGGAUGAGCGACGUGGCGGGAGAAUAUCCAAACAUCGCCAAAACAGAAAAUAUAGGUUCCUCCUACGAAGGCAGGGAUCUAACUCUUCUAAAGCUCGGCAAGUCAGGGUCCAACAAGCCGAUCUUCUGGCUCAUGAGUGGGACUCACGCCAGGGAGUGGCUGUCACCAGCCACGCUACUCAAGAUGGUCGACUUGCUUUUGACCGGCUACGGCUCCGACUCGGAGAUCACCAACCUCCUGGACAAGGUGGACUUUUACUGGAUGCCGAUAGCCAACCCGGAUGGCUACGAGUACAGUCGAUCGAGUGAUCGUUUGUGGAGGAAAACGCGCGGGAAGACGUCGUCUUCUUGGUGUACCGGCGCGGAUCCCAACAGAAACUGGGACGACCACUGGGAUGAUCCGGCAUCAAGCACCUACGCCUGCGGGCAAACCUACCGGGGUCUGGCCCCCUUCUCUGAGGCGUGUGUUGACGUGGUGUCCAAGUAUCUCUUGGGUCUGACUGGGGUCGAGGUGUUCAUUGACAUGCACGCGUACAGCCAGUUUUGGAUGACGCCAUACGGUUGGACCACGUCCCUACCGUCAAACUACCAAGCCCAGAAAAACCUCGCUGACAGCGCCAUGGCAGCGCUGAAGGCGGUCAACGGAUUGAGCUUCCAAACUGGCAGCAUCGCCAACGUCAUCUACGUUGCCCCUGGCUCGAGCGCCGAUUGGGCCUACAGCAAGGCCAACAUCCCCUACUGCUUCGCCCCGGAGCUGAGGGACACGGGCAACUAUGGGUUCUUGAUGCCGGAACAAUAUAUCUACUCUAGCGCCAUGGAGGUUUUUGCGGCCAUUAAGGUCAUUGGCAACCACAUCAUACCCUAAGAACCAAGCUAAUCUGGUCACGUGGCGCGCAAAUUGUGAAUACGCCCAUUCGCGCAGAGGUCUCUUUUCGAAAACAAAAUGUUGUUCUCCCGCAAGUUCAGCUGUAGUCGUAUUGAACAAACGAAUAGAAAACAAUUAAAGCACGAAUUGAUAAUUGGGUUAUGAUGUUUUUGAAUGUAUAUUAUUACGGCCUGUUCGGCCGUUGGGUGGCAGCAGAUACAUACCUUUGCCCCGCCAUUGUUAAUUAUUUUAUUUGCAUGGUUUCCCCAAAUAGAAACACAAUCUUCUCUGCAAGAUCCUGACACGAAAAUGUACUCAAUCUUCUCUGCAAGAUCCUAAUACGAAAAUGUACUCACUAAAUCAAUAAAGGUAAUGCAGAAACAUGAAUAAAGUGUUUCGAGUGUCUUUAAUUCUGAAAAUUAUUAAACUCUGUGCUCAGAAAGCCAUGCUUAGGCCGAUAUAGCAGGUUUAUGUACUCAUCAAGAACCAACGCAGAACCGGCCACUGGCAUAAUUACACAUCAUAUGAAAAUUUGGGUUGGUAUAAAAUUCCGUAUACACAUUGAGAAAAACGCAGUCCAGAAGCUCCAUGAAAAUGGCUUUAGGAAAAAGUUUUUCUUUAUUGUCACUGACAAAGUUGAACAAGGUGAUUACCACCCAAUAAUGUAUUUCUACAUGACAUAAUUUUAUUGAUCAGGCCUAUUAUUGGUUAUUUAUAUAAUUUGUUUCAUCAAUAUGACAACCACACAAGCUUAAAUCGUAUAGACCAUUUUGCCAAGUAAAAAUCUUAUUACUAAUUUUGUUCAAGUGAUUAUUGACUUUAUUGUUCUUAAUUCAGUGUACAUGUAUUUAAAUACGUGCAGAAUGUUGCAUUUACAAAAUAGCUCUACUUUGCAAUUGGUUAAAAGAUAUUGAGUAAAAUGUCAAUACCAAUA